AUGAAACAACUACGGGAAAUCCCCGACCAAGUGCAACGCGCUCGAGAACAGUCACGGACUGAGUUAAAUAAGUUGCGUGAGCAUCUGUACCGUCUAGGUUUUAUUUUCUUGGUCGGCGAGCCACUGUGGAAGGUGGGGUACAACCUGCUGCCGCUGGAUAGUCAGGCGAAGCUUUUGACGAAGAUGCAGCUAGCAAGGAAGACGUCUCUCCUUCAGACAAAAGCGCCUUCCGUUCCGCGAGAGAAACAAUAUGAUAUGGCUUAA